AUGUUCGAUUGGGAUGAAGUGCCGGACGACAUUGCGGACUACGUCGCCGUGGAGCAGCCCGACUCCGACAGGGAGGAGCCCGCCACGCCGCAGCUGUGUCCUGUGAGAGAGAGCGAUGGCCCUGGCCCUGGCUGUCGCCUGGAGCUGGGCGGCGUCUUUCUGGAGAAGGACCUCGCUGAGGCGUCGACAAUCUCGGCCCUGGUGCCGUCAAUUUCCGAAGAGGCACCGGAGCCAACGCAAGCAGAGCUGGAGACGUUGCGAUGGAUGAUGCAGAAGGUCAGCAUGAAUCAGGACAUGUUUUUGCUCGGCCCACCUGGGCCGCGUGUUCGGCACCUGGUGUAUCACUUCUGUGCCCUUUUCGACCGUCAGGUGGAGUACGUCGGCAUCAACAGCGACACAAGCGAGGCAGACUUAAAGCAGCGACGUGAGAUUUGUGAUGGCCAUGUUGUCUACGUGGAUCAGCCGCCUGUCCGAGCUGCGCUCCACGGUCGCAUUCUGGUGCUGGAGGGCAUAGAGAAAGCCGAGCGCAACGUCCUGCCGCUGUUGAACAACCUCCUGGAAAAUCGAGAGAUGCAGCUCGAGGAUGGACGGUUUCUCAGCCGAAUGGCCACAGGAAAAUGCGAAGGGCGUGGCACCAUCAAGGACUGUGAGAUGGUUCGCGUUAGCCCAGACUUCCUCGUCAUCGCCAUAGGCAUGCCAUGCCGUGGGAAUCCGUUGGAUCCACCUCUGCGAUCUCGCUUCGCCAGCCACAACAUCUAUAAGCGGAGGGCUGCAGAGGCUGUGCAGGAUGCCUCAAGGCGUGUUCCUGGGGCUACGGAUGCCAUCCUCAAGAAAGUCAAAGAUGUGCUGGAGGAGGUCGAAAGCAAUGCCAUCAAAUUCAAAAACAAGGGUUCGCCGAUCCCAAUGACGAUGCCUGACAGCGCAGCCUCAAGCAUGCUGCGCGUGAUGGAGCUUUUCCCGAAUGUGUCGGCUUUAGCGACAAUGAGGCGCAGCUAUCCGCUGGAUCUCGUGCACGCUGCAACGGAAGGGGCGGCAUCUGGCACAGGCCGAAAAGAGGCUUCAAGAUAUCUGGUGGAGACUGUGCGGAAGUCCAAGGAGCCUUGCAUGGCCACAGUGACAUUCCGUGAAGAGACCCUUUCAAAGCUCCAGGACGUUGCGGCUCCUGCUGGCAACUGGCAAGUGGAGGAGGCUGGACCUGGAAGCCUGCGCUUGACCCCAACGCAAAAACGUCUUGUGGGGGCAAUGAUGCAAGACCACGCAGCCGGUAUGGAUAUCUGCCUCGUCGGAGAGAAGGGUGUUGGCAAGAGCGCGCUGGUGCGAGCAUUCUCAGAGCAGCUGGGAUUCCGACGGCGGGUUAUCUUCUGCUUCAAGGACCUGCUCGCUCGAGACCUGCUGCAGCGCCGCACCACGGACCAAGCUGGGCAGACACAGUGGCAAGACUCUGCACUUGUGCAGGCGGCCAUUCAUGGGGACAUAGCAGUGUUGGAUGGCCUGCAUCGCUUGGCACAUGGCCACGUGGCUAUCCUUGGCCCGCUCCUAGUUGACCGAGAAGCUGUACUACCGGAUGGCUCCCGCCUGGUGUCGCCAGAGAGAUGGAGAAAGCUUAGUGUUGCCAAGGGCCUUUGCCAAGACUGCAGGGAAUUUGAAGAGGCGCAUGUGCGCUUUCGAGCUGUGCAUCCCUCUUUCCGGUGUGUGGCCACUGCAGAAAGUCAAACAUCACAACGAGAAGGACGGCAGAAUCUUUGGCUUGAUGACGAGGUGGUCACACUCUUCCAGUUCCAUUCUCUGGCUCCAUUGCCUGCUCAGGAACAAGUGCAGCUGGCGAACCGCUCCAGGGUGUCCAAGAACGAUCAGGUCUUCGAAGGUCUCAUCAUGUUCGGUGAGAAGAUGCGAAGUGCUUCGCUCGAAGAUCCCGGGCUGGAGCCUUUGAGGAUGACGCUGCGCAUCUUGCUGCGCAUUGCUGUGCACCUCGACAAGCGGCCUGGCGAUGUGGUGGGGGCCAUGAGCCGCGUCUUCUCGGCAUGCUUAGACUUCUUACCGCCGUCCUCCCAGGAGGCUGUACACCGCAUACUGCAAGCCGCGCUGAAAGAAUCAGGUGUGCCGAUCAAGCAGUGGGUGCCACAUGCGCUCAUGGCAGAUGCCGAUUCGAGAAAGCGUCGACAGGAGCUGCGGGAACUUGAAAAUAUGGCCAUUCAGGCGAGGAUGUUUGGAGGCGGCCAAGAAGUAGACGAAGCAAGGGAGAAGGCAGAGUCUGACAGGGAGCAGCAACGUCGUGCAAGACUCGAGAGCUUGCGAAAGCAAGGUGAAGCCAGCCUUUUGAGGAAGCCAGUUGAAGCUGCCCGAGUGGCAAACGGCAUCCUGAAGAUUGGAGAUGUUUCAUGUCCCAUGCGGGUGCCAGCCAGGCCGGAGUUGGUCCCCGAUGUAGCCUUCGUUGACAUUCCACAGCACGUCGACAUCCUCAAGGGCAUGCUACUUGAUUGGUCGCUUGGUCAUCACUUGCUCCUUGUCGGGAACCAGGGUGUGGGCAAGAACAAGCUCACAGACCGACUGCUCGGGCUCCUGCAAUGUGAACGAGAAUACAUCCAACUCCAUCGAGAUACGACGGUGCAGAGCUUAACGCUUGCACCAAGUCUAAGCUCUGGAGUAGUGGUCUGGGAAGAUUCGCCAUUGCUGCGAGCGGUGAAGGCCGGACGGUGCCUAGUUGUCGAUGAGGCAGACAAAGCACCUUUGGAAGUCGUCUGCGUGCUGAAGGCUUUGUCCGAGGAUGGCGAAUUAAGCCUCCCCGAUGGGCGCACGGUUGUUCGAGAAAACGAUGCUCGAUUUGCGGAGGCAGCUGAUGAAGUCGUGAAGAUGUCCAGCGACUUCAGGCUUUUAGUACUGGCAAAUCGCCCAGGAUACCCUUUCAUGGGCAACGAUUUGUUCAAGGUUUGUGGUGAUGUCUUCAGCUGCCAUGUGGUGGAUAACCCGGACAUUGCCAGUGAAGUGGAGCUGCUAAAGAGUGUCGGCCCUGAUGUUCCCAAGAAUCAAAUCAUUCAGCUCUCCCUGCUAUUCGCAGAGCUGCGGGAGCUCGUGGCAUCAGGCCAGUUGGCCUAUCCGUACUCGACGCGGGAGCUCGUCAAACUCGUAAGCCAUGCGCAGCGCUUUCCUCGAGAUUCCCUGGAGGAAGUCGCUGCUGGCGUGUUUGCCUUUGACAUCGCCGAUACCAAGAAGCGCAAGCCUUUGUUGGAAGUGCUGCAAAGACAUGGGAUUGCGACUACGGAAGUGGGAGUACGUCUUCUUGAGGGACGAAAGAAUCAGGGCAACAUGACUCUGCGACUGGAUGAGAACAGGGACAAGUCGAAAGAUGUCACUAACCAGGACAAUCCAGAUGGACAGCGGCCACCGGACAUGGCUGAGGCCGGGCCAAAGCAUGGUGAGUGGGAUGGCCAGCAACAUAUUGGUGGCAACCGAUUUGCUGGUGGGAGCGGCGGGACAGGCACUGCAGGACUUGGAGGUCGCUGGGGGCCUUACCGACUGGAUGUGGGUCAAAAGCUGGUGCAGGUCUCCGAGGACAAGAAGCAUGGCUUGGAUGAGGCCACUAAGCGAAAAGCUCAGCAAAUGGCGGACGAAGCCUACCAGAAGAGGCUUGCCGAGAUGAAGAUGUCUUUGAAAGAAGGAGAGGCCUAUGCGGCCCUGCGAGGACAGGUUGCCACGCAAAUUCAAGAAAUGAAGGUCUGCUUGGAAAGCCAGGCAGCUCGACAGCACGAGCGACAGUGGCUGAAGAAUCAGACGAUGGGGGAGUUGGAUGAGAGUCGCUUGGUGGAUGGCAUCACUGGGUGCAAGACGGUCUACAUGCGACGUGGGGAUCCUGAGGGACAGAUGUUUGGCAAAAGCCAGCAACAUCCAAAGCGCCUCACCUUUGUCAUGGAUAUCAGCGGCAGCAUGUAUACAUUCAAUAGGAUUGACCGACGGCUGCAGCGAUUGCAAGAAGUUGCGGCCUUUAUCUUCGAGAGCUUCACAGGCUUUGAGGACAAGUACGACUACCGCAUGGUUGGACACAGCGGCACCGGCCCCGAGGCUGAGCGACUCGUCGAAUGGGGCAGGCCUCCCUUCUCGGACAGGGAGCGGCUUGAGAUUUGCAAGUCCAUGGAGGCACAUGCUCAAUUCUGCUAUCCUGGAGACCAUACACUGGAGGCUACUGCUCGCGCAAUCGCCGAGCUCGGCCGGCAGAGUGCCGACGAACGCUUCCUGCUGGUCGUCAGCGACGCAGACCUGCAGAGGUACAACAUCGACAUUCGGCGGUGGAAUCAAAUUCUACACCAGGAUCCAACUAUCAAAGCUUAUGUCAUCUUAAUCUCCAACAAUGUUGAUGAGGCUGAGCGCAUCAAAUCCACCUUGGCCCCGGGCCGAGCACACAUUUGUGCAGAAACAGCAAGCUUGGCUGUCACUUUCAAGCAGAUCUUCAAAGACAGCAUGCUGCGUGAUGCCUGA